UUACCUGUUUCUUUAUCUAUAUGAAAAGGGGAGAAGGAGAAGAUGAAUAUCACAAAAUUCAUUACCUCCUUGUAGCAUUCACCAUGAGUUCGGUGGGUGUAUUUCGUAAGGAGAAAAUUGAUGAAAAACCAUAUUUAAUAUACACAUCAACAAGAGCAGCCAACCCGACCUCUUCCGGUGAGGCACUAGCCAUGGAUUCUAGUGGCGACGACUUUGCUCUUCAACCUCUUUUUUUAUGUCCUGCUGCACGUUUCAAAUUUCUAAAGUUCAAACUAAAGAUGAAUGAUGAUGAGUUUUGUACUCUUGAUGAUGUUCCUGUGUUACAUCCAUACAAUUCUUCCCCGCACUUACCCAGCAAAAGAAGAGGUGAUCAACAAGAUGAUGAAUCUUUGCUUGAUUGCGACCAUCCUGGUAUAUGUAAGUUCCCUGUAGUCCCUCUUCUUUGGUGUAACAAUAAAGAACCAAAUCGUGAAGAAUUUGAAUGCGGCGCAUGCGAAAUGCUAACGCUCUGCACAAGCUAUUUUGCAUGUCUCCAGUGUCAAAAAAAAUUUCACAAAGAAUGUGUUGAGUCUCCACUUGAGAUCAAACACCCUUCCCACCCCUUUCAUUCUCUUCGACUUUACAGUUGUGCAAGUUCUCCGAAGUGCAUAAGCUGUAAAGCAUAUACAAACCAAAUGUUUUAUCAUUGUACAAUCUGCGAGUUGAGUAUGCAUCCUGUAUGUGCGAUGAGGCCAGUACCCUUGGUUGUAGACCAUCCAAAGAGCCAUCCCCACCCUCUCUCCUUUUUCCCUACACAAGCUUCUACAGUUUGUAAUAUUUGUGCCCGGAUUAAGAAGCUUGAUCCCACAUAUAUCUGUAUCCAAUGUGUCUUCGUAAUCCAUAAAGGUUGUAUGGAUUUCCCGCAUGUCAUAAGAAUAUCUCGUCACCCUCACCGUAUCUCUUUUAUCUCUUCUCUUCCAUCUGGAAUGUUUUCUUGCGGAGUCUGUCAUCAACAAAUCGACAACAAUUAUGGUGCAUACUCUUGCAAUAAGUGUGAUGCUUAUUUUGUUCACUCAACAUGUGCAUUACAUCCAAAUGUGUGGGAUGGCAAAGAACUUGAAGGAGUAUCAGAAGAAGAGGAUAAGAUAGAUGACGGUGAGCCAUUCAAGAGGAUAGCUGAUGGAAUUAUACACCAUCCUUUUCAUAGUCACCAUUUGCGACUUGAGAUCAACGUAACCUAUGAAAAAAAUAAGUAUUGUCAAGGGUGUGCUCUUCCAAUCUACGAAGGUCAGUUCUAUUCAUGCAUGGAAUGCGACUUCAUCCUCCAUGAAAGUUGUGCAAAUGCUCCACGCAUGAAACGAUAUCCCUUAUAUCCACAUCCACUUACACUAAAAGUUGCCACCAUGAGACCUGGUAGUGACACAGGUGUAUUUCAGUGUAGUGAAUGUGGGCUAGAUGGUAAUGGCUUCUUCUAUGAGCACGGUAAAGAAAAAGAAAUCUUUCGUCUAGAUACAAGAUGUGCCUCGAUUGUCGAACCAUUAAAAUACCAAGGCCACAAACAUCCAUUAUUUCUACCUUGGGAAACAGAGAAAGAGACACGAUGUCACACGUGCAAAUACGAAAGCUACAAUGCGAAGUUAAUUUGCAUGGAAUGCGAUUAUUCUAUAUGUUUCCGUUGUGCUACUUUACCAUACAAGACAAAAUAUAAGCAUGAUAGUCAUUUUCUCACAAUCUGCGAUGGGAAAGAGGCAAGAGAUCAACCAGACUGGUGUGAAGUUUGCGAAAGCAAAAUAGAAGAAGUCAAAGAAACAGGAUAUUGGGGGAUCGGGGAACCGAAAACAGAAUCACGAUAUUAUAAAUGCAAUGACUGCAGUACUGCUCUACAUGUUGAUUGUCUAUUUGGAAAAGACAUGUACAUGAAACCUAAUGAAACAGAAAAGGUCUCUUUUCACCACUACUCAGUUAAAGAUAAACAUCUCGAAUUGAUAGAUGUUCGGGUUAUUCUCAACAGUUCCCUCUCCAGACCAAUUUGCAAGAGAUGUAUGCGCCGUUGUCCAUUCCCAGUGUUUAUCAAAGGGUCCAAAGCCAUAUAUUGUUGUGUGGAUUGUAUUUGACAUCCGACUGGUGACUUAGCACCCCCGAUUUUAUUUUUCAUUAAUUUUUUCAUGUUAAUUUGAAAUAUUUGACAUUUUUGGCUAUGUUGUC